AUGAGUUCCAAACUACGUUCUAUACGUGCAGGACACAGAAGCGUUAUUUCCCGACUUUUGAAGAAAUUUGAGGACAUCCGAGACGACGGAGACGAGCCCGUGAACACUGAAGAGUUAACUAAAAUUGUGAACAAUCUGUUGAAGAAACAAGAGACACUACAAAAACUUAAUGAGGACAUUCUAGAAAAUCUUGACGAAGGAGAAGUAGAAGCCGAGAUCGUCGAUUCAGAUGAGUAUGCUUACACAUUAGAUGGAAAAAUAACGCAAAUACAAAAGCUCAUUCUUGUCAAUACAUCCACACUCAGUACUAAUGCAAAAGAUUUCGUCAGUUAUAGCGGCCCUUCACAUUCCGCCUCUGCUCAACCCGCCUCUGCUCAGCCCGCUCAUGCUCAACCCGCUCAUGAUCAAUCAAGUUGUGCUCAACCUGCUCAUGAUCAACAAAGUUAUGCUCAACCCGAGAUAUACAAUAAACAGAAUACAUGUAAUUCAAACUUCCGUGUACCGGAAACUCAGUUUUCACGUAGUAACACUAGAUUAAAUGAGUACAACAAGUUGCCCAAAUUGAAUCUUCCUACCUUUGAUGGUAAUAUUAUGCAGUGGCAGUCAUUUUGGGAUUCAUACGAGACAUCCGUUCACGAAAACACUACUCUUGGAAACGUUCAGAAAUUUAAUUAUUUAAAGUCACUACUCCAUGAUGAGGCAUUGAAAACCGACACAGGGUUUGCGCUUACACAUGCAAAUUAUGAGAAAGCUAUUUCUUUACUGCAAGAAAGAUAUGGACAAUCGCAUGUAAUAAGACAGAAGUAUAUGCAAGCACUAGUUGAUAUACCAGCCCCUAAAUACACGAUAUUUAGCAUGAAAAACUUCUACGAUGAAAUUGAGAUACACAUUAGAGGAUUGGAGUCAUUAGGUCAAAGUGAAGACACAUAUGGAGCGUUUUUAGUGCCCAUUAUUAUGAACAAACUACCCGGUGAAAUCCGCAGAAAUCUUGCCAGACAAUAUAGAUCUACAGAUUUACAACUGAAUGAAUUACGCCGUGGAAUUUUCGAUGAACUUUAUAUUAUGGAUGCAGGCAAAACUUCAGAACAGUUAGAACACCCUACAGCUACCGCCGCCUUUCUGACAAAUACAAAUUAUAGUAAUCGAAAUAGAGGUAACAAGAAUACAAACGCAACUAACACUAAACCCAAGCCACUCUGUGCGUACUGUAAGGAGCCACACUCGUCUGUUAAUUGCACUAAAGUAUCUGAUUACAAUGGCCGGAUGUCAAUCGUGAAAAAAGAUCGUUUAUGCUUUAACUGUCUAGGACACCAUAGCUUGUCCGCAUGUAAAUCUACAAAAACUUGCAACAAGUGUCACAAACGUCAUCACACCAGCAUUUGCAAAGACAAUGUUAAAACAAAUGAAGACAACAAACCAACAGGGGAUAUAACCGUAGGCACAAUUCAACACAACGCGGAGGAACCAGACACUGUUUUACACUCGCAAUCGACAGAUCGUGUACUUUUGAAGACAGCAAUUAACCCAGUAAGUGCAGAACAUGAAAUACUUGAUGCAAAAAUAUUGUUUGACGAAGGCGCACAGCGCUCAUUUAUCACAGAGGAAUUAGCCGAAAAAUUGAAACUCAAACCUACUGGAACUGAAAGCGUUAACCUAUCCGGAUUUGGAGACAAUGCAAAUAGUACUAAAAUUCGCCAUUUGAGUACAGGAUUGGUAUAUCUCAUAACUACAGAGGGUAAACUUCCGAUUCGAGUCUUGAUCGUUCCAGAGAUCGCAGUACCGAUGAGAACCUAUGUACGCCAAGCAGCAAAACUUACAUAUUUGUCAGGAAUCAAAUUAGCUCACCCAGUAACAGCAGAUGAAAACUUUGAAAUUUCUAUUCUAAUUGGAGCUGAUUACUUCUGGUCAAUUGUUCAGAAUGAUAUUAUCCGAGGCGAAGGACCGACAGCUGUUCAAUCAAAAAUCGAAUACCUGUUGUCUGGAACGCUACAUUCACACAACUCUGACACAGAUGGAUACAAGAGAGCUUCAAUGAUGAACGUGAUGAUCGCAACAAAAACCGAUGAGUACGACUUGGAGAAAUUUUGGAAAAUAGAGUCACUGGCUACCGAGAAAAUUGACACUACAAAGUUAGAAGAACAGAUGGAUAUUCAAAAGACUUAUGAAGAGAAACAAAUUCGUUACCAUGACAACAGAUAUUUUGUAACGUUACCAUGGAAAGAGGAUCACCCUACGUUACCGACAAAUAAAGUCAUUGCACAACGAAGGACGGAAAGUGCAGUAAGAAGACUUAGCAAAGAACCCAAACUACUGGAAAAAUAUGGAGAAAUAAUGGCUGAGCAGGAGAAAAGGGGCUUCAUAGAGAAAGUGGAUACUACUAAUGAGGCCGAUGAAAAGAUCAAAAUACACUAUAUUCCGCAUCAUGCUGUGAGAAAAGAUUCAACAACAACACCAAUCAGGGUCGUAUUCGACUGCAGUUGUAAAGCAACACCAGAAUCGUCUAGUCUUAAUGAUUGUUUGAUGACUACUCCACCCAAUUUAAAUGACUUAGUCGGCAUUCUUUUAAGAUUUCGUUUACACCAAUUUGCCGUUACUACUGAUAUAGAGAAGGCGUUCUUGAACGUUGGAUUAGAGACACAGGAUAGAGAUGUCACACGUUUCUUUUGGUUCGAUACACCAACAGACCCAUCAACUCCACUAUCAACUUACCGAUUUAAGUCUGUAUUAUUUGGAGCCACUUCAUCGCCAUUCAUACUGAAUUCCGUUCUACAAAAACACUUGAGAGAGAACCGUUGUGAAUAUACUGACACUUUAAAGAACGAUUUGUAUGUUGAUAAUAUACUGUCGAGUUUUCCUACAGAGAGUGCAUUACUGAAAUAUUUUGAUACAUCAAGAGACUUAUUCAUUAGAGCAGGAUUUAACUUGCGCUCAUGGGCUUCAAAUUCUCAACUUUUGCGAGACCGCGCAAAUUCACACAGCGUAUUAGACAAAGAUGAACUCAUAAAAGUGCUUGGAUUGAGAUGGAACACUUGUAACGACACACUUACUUUCGCCAAACCGGAAUACACCGAUAUUGAAGAUACACGUAUGACAAAACGAGAGAUUUUAAGACAAUCGUCUAAAAUCUAUGAUCCACUCGGACUUAUUGGUCCAGUUACUGUGCGUAGUAAGAUGCUUAUGCAGACUUUGUGGGGGAAAGGAUUAAAUUGGGAUGAACCUCUUACAUCUGAAAUUACAACAGAAUGGAAGUAUGUACUAAAAGAUAUUAAUGAAUGUUCACAUUUGGAAAUUAAUAGACCGUAUUUCAAAGAAAAAUCAGACAAUGUAGAAUUACAUGUGUUUACGGAUGCAAGCUUGCAAGCCUAUGGAGCAUGCGCAUAUUUAGUCAGUGGAAAAGAAACCGUACUUAUCAUGUCAAAGAAUCGAGUGACACCACUGAAACAGUUAACAAUUCCGAAGUUAGAACUCAGUGCAGCUUUGAUAGGCGCAAGACUCGUCAAGCAUUUGAAAUCGCACUUGGAUGUUACAAGCGUCACAUUAUGGAGUGACAGUCAGAUAACUUUAAGUUGGCUUACUACUGAGAAACAAUUACCCGUUUUCGUUAGUAAUCGAGUGAAGGAAAUUAACGAAAUUACGCAAGAAUACACAUGGAAGUACUGUCCGACAGAUUCAAAUCCGGCAGAUAUGCUAUCGAGAGGAGUAACUGCAACCAAAUUCCUAAAAUUGGAUCUUUGGAUGAAAGGACCCGAAUGGCUCACUGACAAAUCAAACUGGCCACAGUGGAAGAAUAAAGAAUCACACAUUCUUAGCACUACCAUUGAGCAAGGACAAUCAACUAGUGAACCGCAACAGAAAAUCAGAUCUUAUGAAGGAAUAAGUAAAAUUAUGGAUAUACAACGCUACAGCUCAUACCAAAAACUUUUGCGUAUAACUGCAUACAUGUACCGAUUCAUAAACAACUGUAGAAAUAAUGACAAACUAACAGGAAAUCUUAGUGUCAAUGAAAUUCGGACUGCUUCGACUUCAUGGAUUCGAGAUUCGCAACUGCGUAAAUACCCGGAUGUUAUUGAGAGUUUAAACAACAAAUCAGAGAAAAAUGCGCUAGUGAAGCAACUUAGAUUGUACAUGGAUAAAAUGAACAUUAUCCGUUGUGGUGGGAGAAUUAACAAUGCACCUAUUGAUGAAUCAGCUAAAUUUCCAGUACUAAUACCGAACAAAGACAGAUUUUGUAAAUUAAUUGUGAUGGAUGCACACGCAAAGAAUUUUCACUCUGGAUUAGAAAGUACAGUGACAUUUAUUCGCCAGUCUUACUGGAUUCCGUCGAUUCGACAAUGUGUUAAAUCAAUACUCCGUAAUUGCGUUACUUGCCGUAAAAUUACAGGAAGACCCUAUCAUACACCCGACCCACCACCACUGCCGUCCGACAGACUUAAUGAUUCACCACCGUUUACCGUAACCGGUGUCGACUUCACAGGAGCAUUGCAUGUUAGAACAAAAAGCAACAGUACUAGUAAAGCAUAUAUUUGUCUAUUCACCUGCGCUAACACUAGAGCUGUGCAUUUGGAAAUCGUCGAAGACCUUACAGAACAAACAUUCAUUCUAGCGUUUAGGAGAUUCACCAGCCGCAAAUCGUUACCAAAAAUCAUGAUGUCUGACAAUUGUACAACAUAUACCGCAGCAGCGAAGGAAAUUGAAAUGCUUACAAAAUCUACUUCUAUUCAGGAACAACUCAACAUAUAUGGAACUCAGUGGAAAUUUAUUCCGAAACGUGCCCCAUGGUAUGGUGGUUGGUGGGAACGAUUGAUCGGCUUGACCAAGAAUUGCAUAAAGAAAGUGUUAGGACGAGCACUAGUUACUUUUAGAGUGCUAGAGACAAUUGUGAUCGAGAUAGAGGCUAUAUUAAAUGAUCGUCCGUUAACCCACGUAUCAACGGACCUUACCGAUGAUGAACCGCUUACACCGUCUCAUCUUCUCUAUGGAAGACGGGUUAAAACUUUACCGUAUUCAGGAACAAUUAAUUUCAGCAGUGAGGAGAACGUACAAAACUUAACACAUUACACAGCAAAUAGACAAUCUAGUGUUCAAAAACGCAUUAUUCACGACUUCUGGAACAGAUGGCGACGAGAAUAUCUCACUUCACUUAGGGAACAACAUAGAAACACCGGAAAUAACACUCAAAUCAUUAAAGUGGGCGACAUUGUACAGAUUCAUGAUGAUACCCCAAGGACAGUGUGGAAUAUAGCGAUUAUCGUUAAGUUAGUUUAUGGGAGAGAUGGACUUUGUAGGUCUGCCAUUUUACGCACUAAAAAUGGCACGACAUCUAGACCAAUAAGUAAGCUAUAUCCACUUGAACUCUUAUCAACAGAUAGUCCGUGUGAUUCCAGUGACAAUACUAUUACUUCAACUAGAAAAGCAAAAACUGAUGCCAAGGAGAAAAUCAAAAGUUGGAUUCAACCGUUCCGUAAAACAUAA